AUGCCGCGCGGUAAAGUUAAACUAACAACAGCAGCGGCAAAUGUUCGCUCUAAAAAUACGAGCAAUAAGCCUCAAGAAGCAGAAAUAAAUGAAACUAUCAAAACAGAAAAUAUAGAAAUCAAGAUUGAAGCACCAGAGCCACCAGAAGUCACACUGAGUCCCAAUAAAAUAGACUUGAGUCAAUUUAAAUUUCAGAAGAAACCACACGUUAAAAUCGAAUAUGAGAAGGAUUCACCUGAGAAAGCUGAGAAAGAAGAAGCAAAGGGUUUAUGGGAGCCACAUAAUUGGAAAGAGUUCCUGGUGAACUUGAGGAAUAUGAGAUCCAACAAUGAUGCUCCGGUUGAUACCAUGGGCUGCCACUUAAGUGGAGACCAAAAAGCUGCUCCUGAGGUGUACAGAUAUCAAUGUCUGAUAUCACUGAUGCUCUCUAGUCAGACAAAGGACCAAGUAACAUUUGCAGCUAUGGAGCGUCUCAGAGCCAGAGGGCUAACUGUAGACAAUGUAAUACAAAUGAGUGAUGAUGAACUGGGCAAGCUGAUUUAUCCUGUAGGCUUUUGGAAGACUAAAGUUAAGUACAUCAAGAAAACAACACAAACUUUGAAAGAACAGUAUAAUGGAGACAUACCAGACUCUGUAGAAAAGUUGUGCAAGCUAACUGGUGUUGGACCUAAGAUGGCACACAUCUGCAUGCUUGUAGCUUGGGAUAAAGUCACUGGGAUUGGUGUUGACACUCAUGUUCAUCGAAUAAGCAACAGAAUAGGCUGGGUAAAGAAACCAACUACUACACCAGAAGAAACUCGGAAAACCUUACAAACUUGGUUACCCUUUGAUCUUUGGAGUGAAGUUAAUCAUCUUUUGGUAGGAUUUGGUCAAACUAUCUGCCUGCCCAUAGGUCCCAUGUGUCAUGAAUGCCUGAAUAGAGACAUAUGUCCAUCAAGUAAUUUGGGUAGAAAGUCACCUAAGAAGACCCCAGUGAAGAAGGAAGCCAAAAGUGAAAAUUCAGAUGAUGAAUUUGAAGUUAAACCACCCAAAAGUAGAAAAGUCACACCAAGAAAGGAGUUAAAUGAUGAAACGGUGAAAUCAGAGGCAAAGAAAGAAAACUUACAUAUUAAAAAUGAAACAGCAAGUAAAGAAAACGAGAAAAAGUCUCCUCGAAAGAGGAAGGUAACACCAACAAAGGCAGAUCAAAUUAAUAUAGAUGAUAUGAAUGAUUUUGAAGAAACAUCCAAUGUGGUUGUGAAAGCAGCACCUAAGAAAAAAGGAACUCCUAAAAAAACAAAAAUAGAUGAUAUUGAAGUUAAAAAUGAUAAGCUGACAGUUCAAAGUGCUCCUCAGAAGAAAAAAACUCCACAAAAGAAAACACUAUUGACAAAUAAAAAUAGUGAUGGAGACAGUGAAACUAUUGUACAGAAUAAUAGUGAUGAAAAUAUUGUGUUGCAAGAAUUAACAACUAAAACUAAAAACACUAGAAGCAAGGCAGAAGGGACACGAAAGUCUGCAAGAAAUAAAGCAGUUUCAUAA